UCUCUGUCUGUCUGUAUGGGCUGGCUCUGUCAGCUACAUCCAUAUCCACCGGGACCGCCUGCUAUGGAGAGACAGCGGUUGAUGCACUGCCCCGAGUCUAAAGACGAGGCCCCCAAUCGUCUGGGUCAACGAGGAAAAGCUGGAGGAAAUGGGUAUAAGUAGACCAUGGACAUCACAUUGGAACAUGACUCUGCUGUAACCAUCCAUCUCCUACUGCAUUGCGCUCAUUAUGAAAAUUUUCUCCCAAGGUCUCAUCGUCCUGUCACUAUGUCUUCCAGGCACACUCGCCGACAUUCGGGGGCCCGUCUAUCCCGCUCCUCGCGAGAUAAGCACCAACUCCAGUCGCGUGGCGACCAACUGGGCCGCCCUUACCGCAUCCCUGGACAAGACCUUGAAUCAGGACGAAAAGUCAGCGAACGCGACCACUAAACGGCUGAAGAACUUGACAUUCUCUAUGGGCAUGUUCUCCCUCCAGGACCCCGACGCCGAGACCCUCCAGUUCCACCACACGGCACCCACCACGCUGAAUGGCUCGCUCGGCAUCAAGAAAGUCGAUGCUGAUAGCAUCUACCGCAUCGCCAGUGUUACCAAACUUUUCACCGUCCUCGCGGGUCUGGUGGAACUGGACGCGCGGGACUGGGAGCGACCGCUGACGGAGAUCUUCCCGGCCCUGAAGGACCUCACUCAAAAGAACCAGAGGGCGGCCCAGCCGCUUCAUCAGAUUCAGUGGGACCAGGUCACUGCUGGGGCCCUUGCGGCCCACAUGGGCAUCCCUCGUGCAGGCGUGCCCUUUCAUCCCGAUCUCCUGAUGGGCGGCAAAGUCGACCCAGCCACAACUGGCUUUCCCCCACUGAACCUCACGGAGGAACUAGCUCGAUAUCCCUGCAUGCAAAAAGACAUUUCUAAGUGUACACCCGAGGAGUACGUCGCGGGGAUUGCCACAAUUACUCCCGAAUUCGCUCCCUGGACAAGCCCCGUCUACUCGAACAAUGGCUUCAUCCUUCUGGGAGUCGUCAUCGCCAAACUGACCGGCAAGUCCAUCGACCAGGUGUACCAGGAGAGCAUAUUCAAGCCCCUGGGUUUGGACUCCACCUUCUCGAGCCCGCCGAAGGAUCCGAAACUCAUUGCACGGUCGGUCAUCCCCGGCGCCGCGGAGGCCGGUUUUGCCAUCGACGGCGGCAUCUCCAAGUCGUCUGGUGGAAUCUUCUCGACGCUGAAUGACAUGAGAGCCCUCGGUCGGGGUAUCCUCAAUUCUACACUUCUCGCGCCCGCGCGCACGCGCAAGUGGAUGAAGCCGGUCACGCACACGGCCGACCUACGGUACUCGCUGGGGCAGCCAUGGGAGAUCUACCGCUACGUUCAUCCCGACUCCCACGUGGUCACAGACAUCUACACCAAACUUGGCGACUCAGGCCCGUACACCGCCAUUCUCGUGCUCCUACCGGACUUUGACACGGGGUUCACUAUCCUAGGCGGCAGUACUGAUGAACCCACGAAGGCGGUCCCCUGGUUGACGGACCUGGUCAUCGAUGCCGUCGUUCCCGCGUUGUUGGAGCAGGCGGCGGGGGAAGCCCGCGAACGUUUUUCUGGCUCAUACCGGUCCACGGUGGACGGGUUGAACUCGUCCGUGACCCUGUCGAUCCCCACAUCGUCUGAGGGGGCGCCUGGCCUCGCGAUCUCGUCGUGGAUCAGCAAUGGAACUGACAUGGUCCCCAUUAUCUCGGAGUUAGUCGGAGGAAAGGGUGUUCGAUUAGUCCCGACGAUUGCUCAGUCCGGACCGCCCGCGCAGGUGGCGUUCCGAGCGUACUCCCUCACUGAUCCAUCCAUCGGGAACGGAUUGCCCGGACAGCGACUCGUCUCCCAGAUGUACGAUGUCAAUGAUUGGGUGGGCACGCUCGAUACGACGACCUAUGGGGUGGAAGAUGUAACGCUCUUCGUCUUUGAUGUGGAAACUGAACACGAUGGGCGCGCAGAUGCCGUGACAUUACCGGCUUACCGGGCGAAACUCGCGCGGCAGAAGUAACCAUCGACGCUGUUCUAUUUUCCUCUAAUCUGGUUUAGCUUUCUUUUAGUUCACAGAAAGAUAGCUAUUAAUGUCGUGAUUCAUUUGGUCUUUUGUCGGGCGGCUGUUAUCAAUUCAUUUCCGUGAUAGACCACCCACUUUCCAUGGGACCUUCCGCUGCCUAUUCACACUAUUCACAACAAUAUACGCAUCUCAUAUAAUCACUGUAUAUACACUUUGUCCGAUCACACUUCGUCAUACAAGAAAGACCCACUCAACGAGACCCCGUCAACCCCUUCACCCCAUCCUUCACGGUCUCCCAUCCCGGCAAAGUGUCCGACUCCUUACCGGGCUUGGUCCCCUGGAAGGAAUGGUCUUCUGUUUCGCACGUUUGUUGAUCUGGUUGGGAUUGGAGGCCCGUUGCUUCUCUUGUGCGUUCAUCGUAGUGAAGUUCGUCGGACUCCUUCUGGUUAUGGAGGUUGGGAAAAUCGGAGGAGAUCUGCAGCGUUAUGUGUGAUGAGUUGUAAAUCUCGAAGAUCCGUCACUUGUGGCUGGGGUUUGAUCCGACAUAUUUAAUUAUGCGAUUAAACUUCACGAAAGGAGGGGAUUGAAAUAUUUAUAAAAGAAUAUCAUCAAGGAAGCUUGAUAAAUAUAUCAAUC